UUAAGUUUUAUUUUUAAUCAGUGAGAUUCAUUUGUAUAUAACUUUUGUAUAACAAUUUGGAUGCGCGGCGCACAAAAAUAGUUUGUCAAGUACACAAUACGAGAAAAGAGACUCGAGAUCGAAAGCGCAUCUCUACCACGCUUCGAGUCACGGAAAUGUAUACGUAUAGAUGUGGACGAGUCACAGGUUGUUUAACAGUUCUCGACAAAACUCCGAGAGGUUUAGUGCUCCAAAAAGAAACCGUUAUUGAAGUGAACUUUUAUCAAUUAUUUUCAUUAUUACAUCACAGUACAAUGGGUUCUUCACUUAGCAUGUUAUGGAAUUCAUCGAAUGAUAAUGUUAUCGAUCCUGUAACCAAUCUGUCCGGAAAGCAGAAAAAACUUGUUCAGAACACGUGGAGUAUUUUAAAGAAGGAUCCCGUUGGCACCGGUGUCGCGAUAAUGAUUGCAUAUUUCAAAAAGUAUCCGGAAUAUCAAAAGUUAUUCGCCUCGUUCAAAGACGUUCCAUUGGAGGAACUUCCAAAUAAUAAAAAAUAUCAAGCACAUUGUUUAAAUAUAGUCACGGCCUUAGGCAGUGUGAUCGACGCCAUUAAUGAUCCUCCUUUAAUGGAAGCAAGCCUGAUUAGCUUGGGUGAGAGGCACAGAAAACGUGGACAAACCAAGGAGCAGUUUGACCAAUUAAAAGCAGUGAUUAUGGAAAUUCUAGGCGUAAGUUUGGGCUCAAAAUUCACACCAGAAACACGAGACGCUUGGAAUAAAACCCUUGACGUUGCUUUUGAAUGUCUUUAUAAAGCAUACUCUUAGUAAUCAAAAGUUUCGUUAUAAUUUUGAAAAUAAUUAAAAAAAAUGUUUUCGCUGAUGAUGAAAAAAAAUGAAUUCGCAAAACAACAAUACCGGCCUAUCACAAAUUUUACUGUGGCUAUGUUAUAUUAUAAUCUCUAGGACAAUAUUUCAAUCCUAGAAAAAAAAUUCAUCAAAAAGUUAAAAUUGAAAAUAAUUAAAAUCGAUAAACAAUUUUAUCAAUAGAUAUUUUUCUUAAAACAAAAUUUUAUCUCAAAAAAAAGUUUAAAAACUUUGUCAAUAUGUUUUACAACACGACGAUAAAUAGAAAAUAUAGUCUUAAAAUAUUACUAAUUUUCAUAAUAAUUGUAUUAUUUUUAUUAUUAUUAUUAUUAUUACUCUACUAAUAAGGCACGUUGUUUUUAAUAGGGUUGACUACUUGUUUUAUAUGAAACUUAAUUAAAUGGUCUAAAUAAUGUUUACAUUUUACAUAUAAUAUGUGAUUGUACUUUAAAUUAUAUUAUCCCUUCUUAUUUGCAUAGAGAGGCUUGAAGAAAAUUGAUAAUUUUCAUAUAUAAAAUUUACGAUUAGUAAUUUAUGUAAAUAAAUGCUUUUAAAGAAGAAAAAAAAUACUGGCAGGUGAUUAUAGAUUGGAUAAAAAUAUCCAAUAUUAAGAAUAACUAUCAACAUGUUUAAAAUGUUGCUCUAAGCAUUAAUAAUUAUCAAUAAAAAAUGUAAUUAAUUAAUUAACUAAGAAAAUGGCAAAUUUCAAUGCAUUUUAGUAGGAAAAAAUGUUUGUAAAAUAAAGCGAGUUUAAUACAUGAAUUAUUCAAUUUUAAUAAUAUGUAUUCGGAUAACUAUUACUUAUUUAAAAGUGACUAAAUAGAUUUUUUAUUUUUUUCUGACAAAUAAAAAAAUUUCAAAAUUGA